AUGGCAUCAACGUCACCGCCGCCGCCGCCGGCGGGCGAAGACCAGGCGCGAUUGUUGGAAGAUGCCUUGUCCGUCGUCCGCCAGCAGACGGCCAUGAUGCGCAAGUGUCUCGAGUCGCCGGGCAAGCUGAUGGAUGCGCUCAAGUGCAGCUCCACUCUCGUCUCAGAGCUACGAACGAGCAGUCUGGGCCCAAAGCAGUACUACGAGCUCUACAUGUCCGUCUUCGAUGCCCUGCGCCACCUGUCCGUCUCCCUCCGCGAUUCUCAUCCCACCAACCACCUCGCCGAUCUCUACGAACUCGUACAAUAUGCCGGAAACAUCGUGCCCCGACUCUACCUGAUGAUCACCGUGGGCACCGUAUACAUGGGCAUUGAAGAUGCGCCCGUCAAAGAGAUUAUGAAGGAUAUGAUGGAGAUGAGCAGAGGGGUACAACAUCCCGUGCGAGGCUUGUUCCUGCGAUACUACUUGAGCGGACAAGCGCGCGACUACCUUCCCGGGGGCACCGGAGACGGGCCGGAAGGCAACCUACAAGACAGCAUCAGCUUCAUCCUGACCAACUUUGUCGAAAUGAAUAAGCUGUGGGUGCGGCUGCAACAUCAAGGUCAUUCGAGAGAGCGCGAACAGCGCACAAAGGAGCGCCAAGAGCUACAACUGCUCGUUGGAAGUAAUCUUGUCCGGUUGAGCCAGCUGGUGGAUCUCGAGACAUAUCAGAGUGUCAUCUUGCAACCUCUCCUGGAGCAGGUUGUGCAAUGCAGAGACGUUCUGGCCCAGGAGUACCUCCUUGAGGUCAUUACUCAGGUUUUUCCUGACGAGUACCACUUGCAUACGCUGGAUCAGCUACUCGCCGCAACCGCACGGCUCAAUCCGCAAGUCAACAUCAAAGCUAUAGUCAUUGCACUCAUGGACAGGCUAUCAGCUUACGCCCAGAGAGAGUCGGAAAUGAAGUCACCGGAGGAGCGGCAGAAGGUCGAGAAGGAGUCCGUCUCUUCAUUGAUGGAAAAGCUUAAGCUGUCCAAGGAUCAGCAAGAAGCCCCAGUUGCACCCGCAGGAAAUGGCGAAUUUUCUGCCGAGGGUGAAGCUUCCGACCAUGCAGAAGGCGCCGCGGUUUCUGGAGCUACAGCAGAUGCUUCAACCUCCCAAGACUCUGAGCCCCACACGAAUGGAGAAUCCGCAAAGAAGAGUGGCGUCCCGGAGCACGUGAAGCUGUUCGAAAUCUUCUACAAACAGGUCAUGCAAGUCAUCAGCGUGCAGAGACUCCCUGUGCAAGACAUCACCGCCUUGCUCGUAUCUCUCGUCAACCUGGCUCUUAACAUCUACCCGGAGCGACUUGACUACGUUGACCAGGUCUUCCAAUACGGCACCAAGGAGGUGUCGCGAUUCACCAACUCCGCCGACUUUCACUCGCAAGCAACACAAACCAACCUUCUCACCUUGCUGCUGGCUCCCGUCAAUGCAUACUUCUCUCUGUUCACGGCGCUGGCUCUCCCGAAUUUUGUCCCUCUCUUUCACGCACAGUCUUACCCAACUCGACGAGCAGUCGCCGGCGAUGUUGCACGGAGUCUCCUACGCCACGAAACCAAAAUCACCACCGUCGAGCAGCUCGAAGCAGUCCUCUCAAUUCUGUCCGUUCUGAUAAAAGAGGGUUUGCAAGCACCAGCUAGCGUUUCUGGCGGUCCGGUAAGACGAAGCCCAGCCAUCGAAGCGGAGGACAGCACCGAAGAACAAGGCUGGCUUGCGCGGAUAGUGCACCUUAUCAAAGGCCAAGACAACAUGACUCAGUUCCAAUUGCUGCAGAAGACUCGGACCGCAUUCGCAGAAGGCAAUGAUAGAACGAAACACACAACCCCGGCACUCCUCACGCAAUCUCUGAAGCUCGCCCGCUCCUUCAAACGAAGAGAGCACCUGUCCAACGACGACUACGCUGUGCAAUCCUCGGCGCUGUACAAGUUCAUGCACACCAUGAUCUCCUCCCUCUACACGCGCGUUUCUGCCCCCGGCGUCCCCGAUUUGUGCCUGCGACUCUUCAUCUCCUGCGGCCAAGUCGCCAGUCAGUGUGAGAACGAGGAUGUGGCGUAUGAAUACUUCGCGCAGGCCUUUACCAUCUACGAGGAAUCCAUCUCGGACUCGCGAUCGCAAUACCAAGCCAUUUGUAUCAUCGCAGGUGCCUUGUCGGGCUGCUCCAGUCGCUUCGGCAAAGAGAACUACGACACGCUGAUUACCAAGGCCGCGCUACAUGGGAGCAAGCUGCUGAAGAAGCCGGAUCAAUGUCGCGCCGUGUGCUACGCCAGCCAUCUAUGGUGGGCAGUGGAAAGGACAGAAAGACAAGAAGGCGACAAAGAACUCUACCGCGACGGCAAGCGCGUCCUCGAAUGCCUGCAGCGCGCCCUCCGCGUCGCCGACGCCUGCAUGGAUACGGCCGUCUCCGUCGAGCUGUUUGUCGAAAUCCUCAACCGCUACGUCUACUACUUCGACCAGGAGAAUGAGGCGGUGACGAUCAAGUACCUCAACGGCCUGAUUGAGCUGAUCCACUCGAACCUGAGCACGGCGGAGAAUGCGAGUGGGCUGGAGGGGCCGCGGAAGCAUUUUGAGCGCACGUUGGAUUAUAUUCGCGGUCGUGAGUAUCCUGGGGUGGAGACGAGGCCGAAGCAGGCUGUUUGA